AUGAAUUUUCCCAACAUCAGUGGCCAUAAUCAAGGGAGGAGUCUUCAGGAAGAACCAUGGGAUGAUUUUGAUGACAAUAAUAUUAAAAAAUCCCUGGAUGAGAUACUUCACUACCAGAGGAUGCCUAGAUUGGAUGCCACCAAAAGAUAUGGAUCUACCUGUGAGGAGGGGUCAGAUCUUAAUACAAAUGCUGAAGAAGAUGACCCCAAGGAAUCUGAAUUAAUUGUAUCAACUGUUCCAUAUGAGGAUAUUCAGAAUCAUAGUAGAGGCGUUUCUGCACAAAGACCAAGUUGUCAACAACUUCAUAACAACUUCUUUAAACUUUUGCAUGAAGGAGUUGUUAGCACACCAGCGUACAAAUCUUUGGCUGUAGAGCUGUUUAAGCUUGUCUUCUUGAGUACCACAACAGCACCAGAAGAACAAAACCUGGUUGCAGAAAUUCGACGGCGUUACUCAAAGUGUGAUCUUAAUGCAGCUGUGAACUACCUAAGAGAUAACAAAAUUUUGAUUGGGGGUACUGACAGUCAACCUUUAUCUCUCUCGCCUCAGUUUUUUCCUAAUAUUUUCAAGUCACCAUUUCCAAUUGAUUCUGGAAAGAGAGCUGCCAAACUUUCUCGUUGGCUCCAUGAAAGGGAUAAAGAUCUUAUGGAAGGAGGGAUUGAUCUCUCUGCAGAUUUAGAAUGUGGGGACUUAUUUCAUUUGUUUGCUCUAGUUUCUUCAGGUCAGCUGUCAAUUUCCCCAUGCUUGCCUGAUGAAGGAGUGGGUGAGGCUGAAGAUUUGAGAAGCUCAAAACGCAAAAUUGAAAGCAAUGAAUGUUUGAACACUAAAAAACUAAAAUCCUUGGUAUCCGAAAGUGAAAUGAUUUCCCGUCGAGAGAAAGGUUUCCCAGGUAUCAUGGUAUCUGUAUAUCGUGCAGAAUCUUCUGCAUCCAAUUGUGUAGAUUUUUUCAAAGAUGAUGACACUUCAAGUGGUGAAAAACAUUUUGGUGGAAAUGAUCGACUAGACAGCACUUCAGUGAUCCCCCAUCCAGGAGAUUGUGAUUCUGGUGGUGCUCAUUCACAGGGAGAAACAAAUAUGAAUGUUAAUGAUGUGCAUAAAGUGACCAUUCUUAGUUUCCCUGAAGAGGUUGCUGAGCGCUCGUAUGAAAAACAAACUUGCAGUGUGCCUGAAGGCUGCAUGGAAGUUGUUUCAGCUAGAGGACAUGGUGACAAUGAAUCUUCUAAAUUCACUUGUGGUAAAUUAUGUGUGCCAAUACUGCCAUGGAUAAACGGUGACGGGACCAUUAACAAGAUUAUCUACAAGGGACUCAGACGGCGUCUUCUUGGGAUUGUGAUGCAAAAUCCAGGGAUAUUAGAGGACGAAAUUGUGGGGAAGAUGGAUGUACUGAAUGCGCAGACUUGCAGAAAAUUGUUGGAGUUGGUGGUUCUGGACAAGCAUGUUCUGGUGAGGAAGAUGCGUCAAAAUGUAUACAGUGGCCUCCCAGCAAUUCUAAGGACCCUCCCUGAAAGCAGUUUCCCUCCACAAAAAUUGGUUUUCCGUGAGCAUUUCUUUGCAAAUUCCAUGAGCUCGUCCUUGCUGUAGAGAUGUUUUAGCUAUGUUGGAGAACAGAAUUAUACUGUAUGGAUGGGCCAUGGAUAAUCAACCACCACCAACAACGGGCACCCAUUGCUUUCUUCCCAUUGUUAUUUGUUGUAAAUCCAAUCAAUCUUGGUGUUGUGAAAAUUUCAUUCCAUUAACAAGUUGAGGCAAAGACAGAACGCAAUGCCUUCUGUUCGCAUUGAAA